UGCUCGCUCGGAACAGCGAUCUAGCCGGGGUCAUCAGCAGUAUGGAACAAAUGGAGAUAAAAUUUAACAACAAAUUUAGGUACCCAUGGGUUCUUCUCAACGAGGAGCCCUUUACGGACGACUUCAAACGGCGUGUCAGUAUAGUGACGGAUGCGCCCGUUUCUUUUGGACUCAUUCCGCACGAUCAUUGGUUCCAACCUGACUGGAUUGACGAGUCAAAAGCUGCGCUAGGUCGUUAUAAGUUAACCAGACAACGGAUCAUUUAUGGCGGCAGUGUAUCGUACCGGAACAUGUGUCGUUUCAAUUCCGGCUUUUUCUACAGGCACGAGCUUCUGAAACAAUAUCAGUGGUACUGGCGGGUGGAGCCUGAUGUUAGUUAUUUCUGUGACCUCGACUAUGAUCCAUUUCUUUUCAUGCAGGACAACAAUAAACUAUAUGGCUUUACUAUAUCCUUGCUAGAAUGGGCACCUACUAUAGCAACACUCUGGGGGACAGUAAAAGACUUCAUUGCCCAAAACCCUCAAUACGUCGCAGAAGGCAAUGCAAUGCAAUUUCUCUCGGAUGAUGCUGGCGACACCUACAACCUGUGCCAUUUCUGGAGUAACUUUGAGAUAGCCAACAUGGACUUUUGGCGGGGCGAGGCAUAUUCGAAGUAUUUUGAAUAUCUUGAAGCAAAGGGUGGAUUUUAUUAUGAGCGUUGGGGUGACGCGCCUAUCCAUAGCAUCGCCGUUUCCCUAUUUGCCAAGAAAGACCAAAUACACUUCUUCAAAGACAUCGGCUACAGACACAGUCCUUUUCAGCACUGCCCACAAGGGAGUAACUGGACAGAAGGUCAUUGUUCGUGUGACCCACAUGACAACUUCGACUUCGCGAGAGGAUCUUGUUUAAAACGCUGGCUUCAACAGUCUUAG